AUGGAGUUGUCACAAGAGGUGGUCUCGAUCGUCGUCCUCGUCACCGUCUGCGUCUCUCUCUCGCUUCUCACUCUCGCCGUCUGGUUGUGCGCGUGUCGUCGCGACAAAAUUCGCGCCGCCGAACACCGCGCGAUUCAACUCGAUCGCUUCGAGACCGCGCAAAAAAAUGCGAAGACGACGACAAUGGCGAUGACGGCCAAAAUCGGCGAGCGUCAGACGGCGAGAAUCGAGCAAAAGAGUGAUUCGAACGAGCUCAACAAAGAAUACAAUCUGCCCAGAAAUCGUCGACUUGACACGAUUUCCGAAAUGGCGAUAUCCAGCGAGUCGCUUCAACGAAAUGAUUCGAAGACAAAUGUGUUCAAUGUGAGUACAACGACAUCAGCGCCGUCAUUGGCGCGAUCGCCAAACUCCGAAGUGGAUCUCAAUCCGGGUCUCGACAAUUCGAUUAGCUUAGAGAAAAUAUGA